AUGGCAGAUGACGAAGAAUAUGAGGAGGUGGUGGAGUACUACACAGAAGAGACAGUCUACGAAGAGGUGCCCGGCCAGACAGUAACAAAAAUCUAUGAAACCACGACAACAAGGACAGCACCUGACUAUGGGCGACUGGAAACUUCCAGACCAGCGCUGCCACAGCCAGCGCCGGAGAAGCCGGUGGAGAGGAAGAGAGUUAUCCGGAAGAAAGUGGACUCUUCAAAGUUCAUGACCCCAUACAUUGCACACAGUCAGAAAAUGCAGAAUCUCUUUAGUACAAAUAAGUACAAAGAAAAAUUUGAGAAAUCCAAAGGACAGCCAUGCGCCAGCACGACCGAUACUCCAGAACUUCGCAGAAUCAAGAAAGUACAAGAUCAACUCAGUGAGGUUAAGUAUCGAGUGGAUGGCGAUGUUGCUAAAACUAUUUGUCAUGUAGAUGAAAAAGCAAAGGACAUUGAACAUGCAAAGAAAGUGUCGCAGCAAGUCAGCAAGGUUUUAUACAAGCAGAACUGGGAAGACACCAAGGAUAAGUACCUGCUUCCCCCUGAUGCCCCUGAACUUGUCCAGGCCGUUAAGAAUACAGCCAUGUUCAGUAAGAAAUGGUACACUGAAGACUGGGACGCAGACAAAAGUUUGUUUUACCCAUAUAACGAUAGCCCAGAGCUGAGGAGGGUUGCCCAAGCCCAGAAAGCUCUCAGUGAUAUUGCCUACAAGAAAGGUCACGUUGAACAGCAAACUCAAUUCACAUCUCUGCCUGAUCCUCCAGAUAUAGAAUUUGCCAAGAAAGUAACCAAUCAAGUGAGCAAGCAAAAAUACAAGGAAGACUAUGAAAAUAAAAUCAAAGGCAAAUGGAGUGAGACACCUUGCUUUGAAGUUGCGACUGCCAGAAUGAAUGCUGAUAACAUCAGCACAAGGAAAUACCAAGAAGACUUUGAGAACAUGAAAGACCAGAUUUACUUCAUGCAGACUGAAACGCCAGAGUACAAAGUGAAUAAAAAAGCUGGGGUGGCAGCUAGCAAGGUAAAAUACAAAGAAGACUAUGAAAAGAAUAAAGGAAAGGCAGAUUACAAUGUACUUCCUGCUACAGAGAACCCACUGCUAAGGCAGCUGAAGGCGGCAGGAAACGCCCUAAGUGAUAAAUUAUACAAAGAAAACUAUGAAAAGACAAAGGCAAAGAGCAUAAAUUACUGUGAGACACCCAAAUUUCAACUUGAUACAGUUCUGCAGAACUUCAGUAGUGAUAAAAAAUAUAAAGAUUCCUACUUAAAGAAUAUUUUGGGACAUUACGUAGGCAGCUAUGAGGAUCCAUAUCACACACACUGCAUGAAAGUCGCAGCUGAAACCAGUGAUAAAAAUUACAAAGCAGAAUAUGAAGAGGACAGAGGCAAAGGUUUCUUCCCUCAGACCAUAACAAAAGAAUAUGAAACAAUCAAGAAACUAGAUCAGUGUAAAGAUCACACCUACAAAGUCCAUCCGGAUAAGACAAAAUUCACUCAAGUUCCUGACUCUCCUGUUCUGGUGCAAGCCCAAGUCAAUUCCAAACAACUGAGUGAUCUAAAUUACAAAGCGAAACAUGAAAGCGAAAAGUUUAAAUGCCAUAUACCCCCAGACACUCCUGCAUUUAUUCAGCACAGAGUCAACGCCUAUAACCUGAGUGAUAAUAUUUAUAAGGAAGACUGGGAGAAGAGCAAAGCUAAGAAGUUUGACAUUAAGGUGGAUGCCAUCCCCCUGCUGGCCGCCAAGGCCAACAGCAGGAACGCCAGCGAUGUCUUGUACAAGAAAGACUAUGAGAAGAGCAGAGGGAAAAUGAUUGGCGCCCUGAGCAUUGAAGACGAUCCCAAGAUGCUGCACUCUCUGAAGACGGCCAGAAACCAGAGUGAUAGACUAUACAGGGAAAACUAUGAGAAGACAAAGGCAAAGAGCGUGAAUUACUGUGAGACCCCGAAAUAUCAACUUGAUACUCUGCUGAAGAACUUCAGCGAGGCUAAAUAUAAAGACUCAUAUGUAAAGAAUAUUUUGGGACAUUAUGUGGGCAGCUUUGAAGACCCGUAUCAAACACACUGCAUGAAAGUUGCGGCUCAAAACAGUGAUAAAAGUUACAAAGCAGAAUACGAGGAAGAUAAAGGGAAAUGCUACUUCCCUCAGACAAUAACACAAGAAUAUGAAGCAAUCAAGAAGCUAGACAAGUGUAAAGAUCAUACCUACAAAGUUCAUCCAGAUAAGACCAAGUUCACGGCCGUCACUGACUCUCCUGUACUGUUGCAAGCUCAGCUCAACACAAAACAUCUUAGUGAUCUGAAUUACAAAGCAAAACAUGAAAGUGAGAAGUUCAAGUGCAACGUACCAGCAGAUGCUCCCCAGUUUAUCCAACAUAGAGUCAAUGCCUAUAACCUGAGUGACAAUGUUUACAAGCACGACUGGGAGAAGAGCAAAGCUAAGAAGUUUGACAUUAAGGUGGACGCCAUCCCCCUGCUGGCCGCCAAGGCCAACAGCAGGAACGCCAGCGACGUCUUGUACAAGAAAGACUAUGAGAAGAGCAGAGGGAAAAUGAUUGGCGCCCUGAGCAUUGAAGACGAUCCCAAGAUGUUGCACUCUCUGAAGACGGCCAGAAACCAGAGUGAUCGUGAAUACCGUAAAGACUAUGAAAAGUCAAAAACUAUCUACACAGCACCUCUGGAUAUGCUUCAAGUCACUCAAGCUAAGAAAUCUCAGGCAAUUGCCAGUGACGUGGAUUAUAGACACUACUUACACGAUUACCGCUACCCACCUGACAGUGUCAACGUGGACCUUGCCAAGAAGGCUUAUGCACUGCAGAGUGAUGUUGAAUACAAAGCUGACUACAAUAGCUGGAUGAAAGGUUGUGGCUGGGUACCUUUUGGGUCCUUAGAAAUGGAAAAGGCAAAAAGAGCGUCAGACAUCCUUAACGAGAAAAAAUAUCGCCAGCAUCCAGACACUCUCAAGUUUACCUCGAUCGAAGAUGCUCCUAUUAUAGUACAGUCUAAAAUUAACCAGGCCCAGAGGAGUGAUAUCGUUUACAAAGCCAAAGGAGAGGAAAGACUGCACAAAUACAACCUGCCGGCUGACUUGCCCCAGAUCCUUCAGGCUAAAGUUAAUGCUUACAAUAUCAGUGAGAAUAUGUAUAAAGCAGACUUGAAAGACUUGAGCAGGAAGGGAUAUGACCUGAGAACCGAUGCAAUCCCAAUCAAAGCUGCCAAAGCUGCCCGGCAGGCAGCGAGUGACGUUCAGUACAAGAAAGGUUAUGAAAAAGCCAAAGGGAAAAUGAUUGGCUUCCUAAGUCUCCAAGAUGAUCCUAAACUGGUUCACUAUAUGAAUGUGGCCAAACUACAAUCGGACCGGGAGUAUAAAAAAGACUAUGAGAAGACAAAGACCAAACACAGCACACCUCACGAUAUGGUCAAUGUAGUGGCAGCUAAGAAAGCUCAGGAUGUUGUCAGCAAUGUCAACUAUAAGCAUCCUCUCCAUCAUUACACCUACCUGCCUGAUGCCAUGGACCUGGAGUUGUCGAAAAACAUGAUGCGCAUUCAGAGCGAUAAUGCCUACAAGGAAGACUAUAACACCUGGAUGAAAGGUAUUGGUUGGAUACCUAUUGGCAGUCUUGAUGCCGAAAAAGUUAGAAAGGCUGGUGAUGCCCUCAAUGAAAAGAAAUACAGGCAACAUCCAGACACCCUGAAAUUUACCAGCAUCGUGGACUCCCCAGUGAUGGUCCAGGCAAAACAGAACACGAAGCAGAUCAGUGAUAUCUUAUACAAAGCUAAAGGAGAAGAUGUGAAACACAAAUACACUUUGAGUCCUGAUCACCCUCAGUUUCUCCAGGCCAGGUGCAACGCUUACAAUAUCAGUGAUGUGUGUUAUAAACAGGACUGGCAUGAUUUAAUAGCCAAGGGCAACAAUGUGCUGGGUGACGCUAUUCCCAUCACUGCCGCCAAGGCUUCGAGAAACAUUGCCAGUGACUAUAAAUACAGGGAAGCUUAUGAGAAGGCAAAGGGCAAGCAUGUGGGUUUUAGAAGCAUCGAGGAUGAUCCCAAGCUAGUCCACUAUAUGAAUCUGGCAAAGCUGCAGUCUGAUCGCGAGUACAAAAAGAACUACGAAAACACGAAAACCAGCCAUCAUAUUCCUGGGGAUAUGGUUAGCAUCACAGCUGCAAAGAUGGCCCAGGAUGUCACCACCAAUAUCAAUUACAAACAGCCAAUACAUCAUUACACAUACCUCCCUGACGCCAUGAGUUUGGAGCACACAAGGCAUGCACAUCAAAUUCAGAGUGAUAAUAUAUAUAAAGAUGAAUAUAACAGCUUCUUCAAGGGCAUUGGAUGGAUCCCCAUUGGUUCUCUGGAGGCUGAGAAGGUCAAAAAAGCAGGUGAUGCGUUAAAUGAAAGGAAAUAUCGACAGCACCCGGAUACCAUCAAGUUCACAAGCUUGCCUGAUUCGAUGGGCAUGGUUUUGGCUCAGCGGAACACGAAGCAGCUAAGUGAUUUGAACUACAAGGUGGAAGGGGAAAAACUGAAACACAAGUACACCAUGGAGCCUGAAUUGCCUCAGUUUAUUCAAGCAAAGGUCAAUGCCUACAACAUGAGUGACAGUCAUUAUAAAGCAGACUGGAAGAAGACUCUUGCCAAGGGCUACGAUUUGAGAUCAGAUGCCAUUCCAAUAGUUGCUGCAAAAAGUUCAAGGAAUAUUGCUAGCGAUUUCAAAUAUAAGGAGGCCUAUGAGAAAACCAGAGGCAAGCAAAUUGGAUUUCUCAGUCUUCAGGAUGACCCUAAACUGGUUCACUACAUGAAUGUGGCCAAAAUGCAGUCAGAUCGUGAGUACAAAAAGGGGUAUGAAGCAAGCAAGACCAGGUACCACACGCCCUUCGAUAUGUUCAGUGUGACAGCUGCAAAGAAAUCUCAGGAAGUUGUUACCAACACCAACUACAGACAACCCUUCCAUGACUACACGCUCCUGCCUGACGCCCUGAAUGUAGAACACUCCCGGAACGCCAUGCAGAUUCAGAGUGAUAACCUAUACAGAUCCGACUUCACCAACUGGAUGAAGGGGAUUGGCUGGAUCCCCAUAGAGUCCCUGGAGGUCGAGAAGGCAAAGAAAGCAGGACAGAUUCUUAGUGAGAAGAAAUACCGCCAGCACCCCGAGAAGCUGAAGUUCACCUAUGCCAUGGACACCAUGGAGCAAGUACUCAACAAAAGUAACAAGCUGAUUAUGGAUAAGAGGCUUUACACUGAGAAAUGGAACAAAGACAAGUCCACUAUUCAUGUCAUGCCUGAUACGCCAGAUAUUUUACUCUCCAAAGUAAACCAAAUCACCAUGAGUGAUAAACUGUACAAAGCUGGCUGGGAAGAAGAAAAGAAGAAAGGAUAUGACCUGAGGCCUGAUGCCAUCUCAAUAAAGGCUGCAAGAGCCUCUAGAGACAUUGCAAGUGAUUACAAAUACAAGCAAGCUUAUGAACAAGCCAAAGGGAAGCACAUUGGCUUCCGGAGCCUAGAAGAUGACCCCAAGUUAGUGCAUUUCAUGCAAGUGGCAAAGAUGCAGUCAGACCGAGAAUACAAGAAGGGAUAUGAGAAAUCCAAGACAUCCUUCCACACCCCAGUGGACAUGCUCAGUGUGGUGGCCGCCAAGAAGUCUCAGGAAGUGGUCACCAACACCAACUACAGGAACUUGAUCCAUUCCUACAACAUGCUUCCCGAUGCCAUGAGCUUUGAAUUGGCCAAAAAUAUGAUGCAGAUUCAAAGUGAUAAUCAGUACAAAGCUGAUUAUGCUGACUUCAUGAAGGGCAUUGGGUGGCUCCCGCUGGGCUCCCUGGAGGCUGAGAAAAACAAGAAAGCCAUGGAGAUUAUUAGUGAAAAGAAGUACCGCCAGCACCCAGACACUUUGAAGUAUUCCAUGUUGAUGGAUUCAAUGAACAUGGCUUUGGCCCUGAAGAAUGCAAAAAUAAUGAAUGAACACCUAUACAAACAAGCAUGGGAGGCUGACAAGACCAAAGUUCACAUCAUGCCUGAUAUCCCUCAGAUUGUCUUGGCAAAGGCAAAUGCGAUUAAUAUGAGUGAUAAACUCUACAAACUUUCUUUGGAAGAGUCAAGAAAGAAAGGCUAUGAUCUCAGAACGGAUGCAAUUCCUAUCCAAGCUGCCAAGGCUUCAAGAGAUAUUGCAAGUGAUUAUAAAUAUAGACACAAUUAUGAAAAGGAGAGGGGGAAAAUGGUUGGUUUCCGCAGUCUGGAAGAUGAUCCCAAAUUGGUCCAUUCAAUGCAAGUGGCCAAGAUGCAAUCUGAUCGGGAGUACAAGAAAAACUAUGAGAAGACAAAGACCAUCUACCACACCCCUGCGGACAUGCUCAGUGUCAUGGCCGCCAAGGAUGCCCAAGCCAACAUCACCAACACCAACUACAAGCACCUGAUCCACAAGUACAUCCUCCUUCCAGAUGCGAUGAGCAUCGAGCUGACCAGGAAUAUGAAUCGCUUACAGAGUGAUAAUGAGUAUAAGCAGGACUACAAUGAAUGGUACAAAGGGCUUGGCUGGAGUCCAGCUGGCUCCCUAGAAGUGGAGAAGGCCAAGAAAGCAACUGAAUAUGCCAGUGAUCAGAAAUACCGCCAGCACCCGAGCAACUUCCAGUUUAAGAAAUUGUUGGACUCCAUGGACAUGGUGCUUGCGAAGCAGAAUGCACACACCAUGAACAAGCAUUUAUACACCAUUGAUUGGAAUAAAGAGAAGACCAAGAUUCAUGUGAUGCCAGAUACACCAGAUAUUUUGCAAGCCAAACAGAAUCAAACACUCUACAGUCAGAAAUUCUAUAAACUUGGAUGGGAAGAAGCUUUAAAGAAAGGCUAUGAUCUCCCGCUGGAUGCAAUUUCUGUGCAGCUGGCCAAAGCUUCAAGAGACAUUGCUAGCGAUUUUAAAUACAAACAAGGCUACCGCAAGCAAGUCGGCCACCAUAUUGGAUUCCGGAACUUGGAAGAUGAUCCAAAGCUUGUGUUGUCCAUGAAUGUAGCCAAAAUGCAGAGCGACAGGGAGUACAAGAAGGACUUUGAGAAGUGGAAGACCAACUUCAGCAGCCCAGUGGACAUGCUGGCGGUGGUACAGGCCAAGCUGUGCCAGACCCUGGUCAGUGACGUGGACUACAAGAACUACCUGCAUGGGUGGACGUGCCUGCCCGACCAGAACGAUGUUAUUCAAGCUAAAAAAGCUUAUGAACUUCAGAGUGAGAAUGUGUAUAAGUCUGAUCUGGAGUGGCUGAGAGGCAUAGGAUGGAGUCCCCUGGGUUCUUUGGAGGCAGAAAAGAACAAGCGGGCUUCAGAAAUCAUCAGUGAGAAGAAAUAUCGUCAACCACCAGACACAAACAAGUUCACUAGCAUUCCUGAUGCCAUGGACAUAGUUUUGGCAAAGACAAAUGCCAAAAAUAGGAGUGAUAGACUUUAUAGAGAAGCUUGGGACAAGGACAAGACCCAAAUUCACAUCAUGCCUGAUACGCCUGACAUUAUUCUGGCUAAAGCAAACUUAAUCAAUACAAGUGAUAAACUCUACCGAAUGGGCUAUGAGGAGCUGAAGAGAAAAGGUUACGAUCUUCCCCUUGAUGCCAUACCAAUCAAAGCAGCAAAAGCGUCCCGGGAAAUUGCCAGCGAUUACAAGUACAAGGAAGGUUUUCGCAAGCAGCUGGGCCACCACAUCGGAGCCCGGAACAUUGAGGAUGACCCCAAGAUGACGUGGUCCAUGCACGUGGCCAAGAUGCAGAGCGACAGGGAGUACAAGAAGGACUUUGAGAAGUGGAAGACCAAAUUCAGCAGCCCAGUGGACAUGCUGGCGGUAGUGCAGGCCAAGCUGUGCCAGACCCUGGUCAGUGACGUGGACUACAAGAACUACCUGCAUGGGUGGACGUGCCUGCCCGACCAGAACGACAUCAUCCACGCUCGGCGGGCCUACGACCUGCAGAGUGACAAUUUGUACAAGGCUGAUCUUCAGUGGCUAAAAGGCAUUGGCUGGAUAUCUAGUGGUUCUCUUGAGGAUGAGAAGAACAAAAGAGCAACCCAGAUUUUGAGUGACCACGUUUACCGUCAACACCCAGAUAAAUUCAAGUUUUCCAGCCUCAUGGACUCUAUGCCAAUGGUUUUAGCAAAAAACAAUGCUAUUACCAUGAACCAUCGCCUCUACACAGAAGCUUGGGAUAAAGAUAAAGCCAGUAUCCACAUUAUGCCAGACACCCCGGAAGUUUUACUUGCUAAGCAAAACAAAAUAAAUUACAGUGAGAAACUAUAUAAACUUGGCCUAGAAGAAGCCAGGAGUAAAGGCUGUGAUCUGCGGCUGGAUGCCAUUCCCAUCCAGGCAGCCAAAGCCUCCAGAGAUAUCGCGAGUGAAUACAAGUACAAAGAAGGCUAUCGCAAGCAGCUGGGCCAUCACAUUGGUGCCCGAGCUAUACAUGAUGACCCCAAGAUGAUGUGGUCCAUGUAUGUGGCCAAGAUGCAGAGUGACAAGGAGUACAAGAAGGACUUUGAGAAGUGGAAGACCAAGUUCAGCAGCCCAGUGGAUAUGCUGGCGGUGGUGCAGGCCAAGAAGUGCCAGACCCUGGUCAGUGACGUGGACUACAAGAACUACCUGCACCAGUGGAUCUGCCUGCCCGACCAGAACGACGUCAUCCAGGCUCGGCGGGCCUACGACCUGCAGAGCGACAACAUGUACAAGUCAGAUCUCCAAUGGUUGAGAGGCAUCGGCUGGGUGCCCAUUGGCUCUUUGGAAGUGGAAAAAUGCAAAAGAGCAACUGAAAUUUUGAGUGAUAAAGUCUACCGCCAGCCUCCAGACAAGCUGAAAUUUACCAGCGUGACUGAUUCUCUGGAACAGGUGCUGGCCAGGAACAACGCCAUCACCAUGAACAAGCGUUUAUACACAGAAGCCUGGGACAAAGACAAGACCCAAGUCCAUGUAAUGCCUGACACACCAGAGAUUAUGUUGUCAAGGAUGAACAAAAUCAACUACAGUGAGAGUCUGUAUAAACUCGCCAAUGAAGAAGCCAAGAAGAAAGGCUAUGACCUGCGUCUUGAUGCCAUCCCAAUCGUGGCCGCCAAGGCCUCCAGAGAUAUUGCCAGUGAUUACAAAUACAAAGAUGGGUACCGCAAGCAGCUGGGCCACCACAUCGGAGCCCGCAACGUUGAGGACGACCCCAAGAUGAUGUGGUCCAUGCACGUGGCCAAGAUGCAGAGCGACAGGGAGUACAAGAAGGACUUUGAGAAGUGGAAGACCAAGUUCAGCAGCCCAGUGGAUAUGCUGGCGGUGGUGCAGGCCAAGAAGUGCCAGACCCUGGUCAGUGACGUGGACUACAAGAACUACCUGCACGAGUGGAUCUGCCUGCCCGACCAGAACGACGUCAUCCAGGCUCGGCGGGCCUACGACCUGCAGAGCGACAAUGUGUACAAGUCAGACCUUGAAUGGCUGAAGGGCAUUGGCUGGGUCCCCAUUGGGUCUCUGGAUGUGGUCAGGUGCAAGAGGGCUGCCGAAAUCCUGAGCGAUAACAUCUACCGCCAGCCUCCAGACAAGCUGGAAUUUACCAGUGUGACUGAUUCUCUGGAACAGGUGCUGGCCAAGAACAAUGCCAUCACCAUGAACAAGCGCUUGUACACAGAGGCCUGGGACAAAGACAAGACUCAAAUUCAUAUAAUGCCUGAUACACCAGAGAUCAUGUUGGCAAGACAGAACAAAAUCAACUACAGCGAGACCCUGUAUAAACUUGCCCACGAGGAAGCAAAGAAGGAAGGCUAUGACUUGCGAAGUGAUGCCAUUCCAAUUGUGGCUGCCAAGGCCUCCAGAGACAUCGCCAGUGAUUACAAAUACAAAGAUGGGUACCGCAAGCAGCUGGGCCACCACAUCGGAGCCCGGAAAGUUGAGGAUGACCCCAAGAUGAUGUGGUCCAUACAUGUGGCCAAAAUGCAGAGCGACAGGGAGUACAAGAAGGACUUUGAGAAGUGGAAGACCAAGUUCAGCAGCCCAGUGGAUAUGCUGGCGGUGGUGCAGGCCAAGAAGUGCCAGACCCUGGUCAGUGACGUGGACUACAAGAACUACCUGCAUGAGUGGAUCUGCCUGCCCGACCAGAACGACGUCAUCCAGGCUCGGCGGGCCUACGACCUGCAGAGCGACAAUGUUUAUAAAUCUGAUCUCCAGUGGCUGAGAGGCAUUGGCUGGAUCCCCAUUGAGUCUCCAGAUGUGGUCAGGUGCAAGAGGGCUGCAGAAAUCCUGAGUGAUAACAUCUACCGCCUGCCUCGAGACAAGCUGAAGUUUACCAGCGUGACUGAUACUCCGGAACAGGUGCUGGCCAAAAGCAACGCCAUCAACAUGAACAAGCGCUUAUACACAGAAGCCUGGGACAAAGACAAGACCCAAGUCCACAUCAUGCCUGAUACACCUGAAAUUAUGUUGGCAAGACAAAACAAAAUAAAUUAUAGUCCGAACGUUUAUCGCCAGGCCAUGGAAGAAGCAAAGAAAGAAGGCUAUGACUUACGAAUUGAUGCCAUUCCCAUUGUGGCAGCCAAGGCCUCCCGGGACAUUGCCAGUGAGUACAAAUACAAAGAAGCUUAUCGCAAGCAGCUGGGCCACCAUAUCGGUGCCCGAACGGUCCACGAUGACCCCAAGAUUAUGUGGUCCCUCCAUGCUGCUAAAAUGCAGAGUGACCUUGAGUACAAGAAGGAAUUUGAGAAAUACAAGACAAGGUUCAGCAGCCCAGUGGACAUGCUUGGUAUCGUUUUGGCCAAGAAAUGUCAGACAUUGGUCAGCGAUGUGGACUAUAAACAUCCUCUGCAUGAAUGGACCUGCCUGCCCGACCAAAAUGACGUCAUCCAGGCGCGGAAAGCUUAUGACCUCCAGAGUGACAAUUUGUAUAAGUCAGACCUUGAAUGGCUGAAAGGCAUUGGCUGGGUGCCUAUUGGUUCCGUGGAUUUGUUAGUAGCCAAGAGGGCAGCAGAGAUACUGAGUGAUAAUACCUACCGUCAGCGUCCAGAUGCUCUGAAAUUUACCUGUGUAACUGACACUCCAGAGCAGGUGCUGGCAAGGAGCAAUGCUGUCAUCAUGAGUAAGCAUUUAUAUACUGAAGCCUGGGACAAUGACAAGAAAACAAUCCAUGUCAUGCCCGAUACCCCAGAAAUCAAGCUAGCCAAACUCAACCGAAUAAAUUACAGUGAUAAACUCUAUAAACUUGCUUUGGAAGAAGCCAGGAAGGAAGGCUAUGACUUGCGUUUGGAUGCCAUUCCAAUCCAAGCAGCCAAGGCUUCAAGAGAAAUUGCUAGUGAUUACAAGUACAAGGAGGGCUACCGCAAGCAGCUGGGCCACCACAUCGGAGCCCGGAAAGUUGAGGAUGACCCCAAGAUGAUGUGGUCCAUCCACGCGGCCAAGAUGCAGAGCGACAGGGAGUACAAGAAGGACUUUGAGAAGUGGAAGACCAAGUUCAGCAGCCCAGUGGACAUGCUGGCAGUGGUGCAGGCCAAGAAGUGCCAGACCCUGGUCAGUGACGUGGACUACAAGAACUACCUGCACCAGUGGAUCUGCCUGCCCGACCAGAACGACGUCAUCCAUGCUCGGCGGGCCUACGACCUGCAGAGCGACAAUGUUUAUAAAUCUGAUCUCCAGUGGCUGAGAGGCAUUGGCUGGAUCCCCAUUGAGUCUCCAGAUGUGGUCAGGUGCAAGAGGGCUGCAGAAAUCCUGAGUGAUAACAUCUACCGCCUGCCUCGAGACAAGCUGAAGUUUACCAGCGUGACUGAUACUCCGGAACAGGUGCUGGCCAAAAGCAACGCCAUCAACAUGAACAAGCGCUUAUACACAGAAGCCUGGGACAAAGACAAGACCCAAGUCCACAUCAUGCCUGAUACACCUGAAAUUAUGUUGGCAAGACAAAACAAAAUAAAUUAUAGUCCGCACGUUUAUCGCCAGGCCAUGGAAGAAGCAAAGAAAGAAGGCUAUGACUUACGAAUUGACGCCAUUCCCAUUGUGGCAGCCAAGGCCUCCCGGGACAUUGCCAGUGAGUACAAAUACAAAGAAGCUUAUCGCAAGCAGCUGGGCCACCACAUCGGUGCCCGAACGGUCCGUGAUGAUCCCAAGAUUAUGUGGUCCCUCCAUGCUGCUAAAAUGCAGAGUGACCUUGAGUACAAGAAGGAAUUUGAGAAAUACAAGACAAGGUUCAGCAGCCCAGUGGACAUGCUUGGUAUCGUCUUGGCCAAGAAAUGUCAGACACUGGUCAGCGAUGUGGACUAUAAACAUCCUCUGCAUGAAUGGACCUGCCUGCCCGACCAAAAUGACGUCAUCCAGGCGCGGAAAGCUUACGACCUCCAGAGUGACAAUUUGUAUAAGUCAGACCUUGAAUGGCUGAAAGGCAUUGGCUGGGUGCCUAUUGGUUCCGUGGACGUUGUUAGAGCCAAGAGGGCAGCAGAGAUACUGAGUGAUAAUACCUACCGUCAGCGUCCAGAUGCUCUGAAAUUUACCUGUGUAACUGACACUCCAGAGCAGGUGCUGGCAAGGAGCAAUGCUGUCAUCAUGAGUAAGCAUUUAUAUACUGAAGCCUGGGACAAUGACAAGAAAACAAUCCAUGUCAUGCCCGAUACCCCAGAAAUCAAGCUAGCCAAACUCAACCGAAUAAAUUACAGUGAUAAACUCUAUAAACUUGCUUUGGAAGAAGCCAGGAAGGAAGGCUAUGACUUGCGUUUAGAUGCCAUUCCAAUCCAAGCAGCCAAGGCUUCAAGAGAAAUUGCUAGUGAUUACAAGUACAAAGAGGGCUACCGCAAGCAGCUGGGCCACCACAUUGGUGCCCGGAAAGUUCAGGAUGACCCCAAGAUGAUGUGGUCCAUCCACGCGGCCAAGAUCCAGAGCGACAGGGAGUACAAGAAGGACUUUGAGAAGUGGAAGACCAAGUUCAGCAGCCCAGUGGACAUGCUGGCGGUGGUGCAGGCCAAGAAGUGCCAGAUCCUUGUGAGCGACAUAGACUACAGGCAUCCUCUCCAUGAGUGGAUCUGCCUGCCCGACCAGAACGACGUCACUCAGGCUCGGAAGGCCUACGACCUGCAGAGUGACGCUCUUUACAAGGCUGAUCUGGAGUGGCUGAGAGGCAUUGGGUGGGUUCCCAUCGACUCUGUAGAGGUCAAGAGGGUGAAGAGAGCUGGAGAAAUCCUGAGUGAGAGGAAGUACCGCCAGCCUGCAGAGCAGCUCACAUUCACGUGCAUUACAGACACCCCGGAAAUUGUCCUGGCAAAGAACAAUGCCCUGACAAUGAGCAAGCAUUUGUAUACAGAAGCCUGGGAUACUGACAAAACCUCCAUUCACGUGAUGCCGGACACCCCAGAAAUCUUACUGGCCAAGAGCAAUUCUCUGAAUGUCAGCCACAAACUUUACACAAAGGGAUGGGAUGAGUCCAAGAUGAAGGACUAUGAUCUGAGAGCUGAUGCUAUUUCCAUCAAAAGUGCCAAGGCCUCGAGGGACAUCGCCAGUGACUACAAAUACAAAGAAGCCUAUGAGAAACAGAGAGGCCACCACAUUGGAGCCCACUGUGUGGAAGACGAUCCCAAGAUAAUGUGUGCCAUACAUGCAGGGAAGAUUCAAAGUGAAAGGGAGUACAAGAAGGAUUUCCAGAAGUGGAAGACCAAGUUCUCUAGCCCAGUGGACAUGCUAGGCAUCUUGCAGGCCAAGAAAUGUCAGACUCUGGUCAGUGACAUUGAUUAUCGCAAUUACCUGCAUCAUUGGACCUGCUUACCUGAUCAAAACGACAUUAUCCAAGCAAAGAAAGCCUAUGACCUGCAGAGUGAGAAUGCGUAUAAAGCAGACCUGGAGUGGCUGCGUGGCAUCGGUUGGAUGCCAGAAGGCUCCGUAGAAAUGGCCAGAGUGAAGAAUGCUCAAGACCUCAUAAAUGAAAAGCUUUAUAGAACACGACCAGAAGCCUUGACCUUCACUUCCAUUGUUGACACCCCAGAUGUUGUCCUGGCGAAAACCAAUUCUCUGCAAAUGAGUGAGAAGCUGUACCAGGAAGCCUGGAAUAAAGAUAAGAGCAACAUCCACAUUCCUUCUGACACGCCACUCAUGCUGCAGGCCCAUAUCAAUGCCUUGCAAAUCAGCAAUAAACUCUAUCAAAAAGAGUGGGAUGAGGCCAAGCAGAAAGGCUACGAUAUCAGAGCAGAUGCCAUAGAAAUCAAACGUGCAAAAGCGUCAAGAGAAAUUGCCAGUGAGUACAAAUACAAAGAAGGUUACCGUAAGCAACUGGGCCACCAUGUGGGUUUCCGCACCCUGCAAGACGACCCCAAGUUGGUAUGGUCUAUACAUGCUGCCAAGAUCCAGAGUGACAGAGAAUACAAGAAAGCUUAUGAAAAGUCUAAAGGAAUUCACAAUACACCUUUGGAUAUGAUGUCAAUUGUUCAAGCCAAGAAAUGUCAGGUCCUGGUUAGCGACAUUGAUUAUCGCAACUAUCUGCACCAGUGGAUGUGUCUGCCUGAUCAGAAUGAUGUGAUCCAGGCUAAAAAAGCCUACGAACUGCAGAGUGAUAACUUGUACAAAUCAGACCUGGAAUGGUUGAAGGGUAUUGGAUGGUUGCCAGAGGGUUCUGUGGAAGUGAUGAGAGUGAAGAAUGCCCAGAAUCUUGUGAAUGAAAGGUUGUAUCGGACCAGGCCCGAGGCCCUCAAGUUCACCAGCAUUGUGGAUACCCCUGACGUGAUCCGGGCAAAGAUCAAUGCUGUGCAGAUCAGUGAGCCAUUGUAUCGCGAUGCUUGGGACAGAGAGAAGGCGAAUGUGAACGUGCCUGCUGACACUCCUUUGAUGCUGCAGUCUAAACUCAAUGCCAUAAACAUCAGCAACAAACAAUAUCAGCAAGCGUGGGAGGACAUCAAAAUGACCGGGUAUGACCUGAGAGCAGAUGCCAUUGAGAUCCAGCAUGCCAAGGCUUCCAGGGACAUUGCCAGUGAUUAUCUGUACAAAACUGCUUAUGAGAAACAGAAAGGCCAUUAUGCCGGAUAUCUCAAUGCAAAAGAAGACCCUAAACUGGCUUGGGCGGCAAAUGUAUUGAAAAUGCAGAAUGACCGGUUGUACAAAAAGGUCUACAAUGACCACAAGGCCAAGAUCUCCAUCCCGGUGGACAUGGUGUCCAUCAAUGCUGCGAAAGAAGGCCAGGUGUUGGCGAGCGAUGUGGACUAUCGUCAUUACCUGCACCAGUGGUCGUGCUUUCCCGACCAGAAUGAUGUGGUCCAAGCCAGGAAGGCCUAUGACCUCCAAAGUGACGCCAUCUACAAGGCUGACUUGGAGUGGUUGCGUGGCAUUGGCUGGAUGCCUGAAGGGUCUCCUGAAGUAUUGAGAGUCAAAAAUGCCCAGAAGAUCCUACUAGACAGUGUCUAUCGGACCCCUGUGCAGAAACUGAAGUACACGAGUAUCACUGACACACCUGAAGUUAUCCUUGCUAAAUCAAAUGCUGAAAACAUUAGUAUUCCUAAGUACAGAGAACUUUGGGACAAAGAUAAAACUUCAAUCCGUAUAAUGCCAGAUACUCCGGAAAUUAAUCUAGCCAGAGCCAACGCUCUUAAUGUGAGCAAUAAAAUUUACCGAGAAGGUUGGGAUGAAAUGAAGAUGAGCUGUGAUGUACGGUUGGACGCUAUCCCCAUCCAGGCUGCCAAGGCCUCCAGGGAGAUCGCCAGUGACUACAAGUACAAGCUGGACCAUGAGAAGCAGAAGGGACACUACGUUGGCACGCGCAAGGCCAGGGAUGACAACAAGAUCCGGUGGGCCCUCAUAGCUGGCAAGAUUCAGAAUGAGAGAGAGUACCGGCUGCCCUGGGCCCAAUGGAAGACCAAGUUCCAGAGCCCGGCAGAUAUGCUCUCCAUCUUGCAGUCUAAAAAAUGCCAGACUCUGGUCAGCGACAUCGAUUAUCGCAAUUACCUGCACGAGUGGACGUGCAUGCCCGACCAGAACGACGUGAUUCAGGCCAAGAAAGCCUAUGAACUGCAGAGCGACGCUAUUUACAAGGCUGACCUGGAAUGGUUACGUGGGAUUGGGUGGAUGCCAAAUGAUUCUGUUUCUGUCAAUCAUGCCAAACAUGCUGCGGAUAUCUUCAGUGAGACAAAAUAUCGCACGAAAAUAGAAACUCUUAACUUUACCCCUGUGGAUGACAGAGUUGACUAUGUGACAGCAAAACAAAGUGGCGAGAUCCUAAAUGAUAUUAAAUACCGAAAACACUGGAAUGACACCAAGUCAAAUUACACCCUCACAGAAACCCCCUUGCUGCACACUGCCCAGGAGGCAGCCCGGAUCCUGGACCAGUAUCUCUACAAAGAAGGCUGGGAGAGACAGAAAGCCACGGGUUACAUUUUGCCUCCAGACGCUGUGCCGUUUGUUCACGCCCAUCACUCUGGUGAUGUUCAGAGUGAGCUGAAAUACAAAGCUGAACAUGUAAAGCAAAAAGGUCAUUAUGUUGGUGUUCCAACAAUGAGAGAUGAUCCUAAACUGGUUUGGUUUGAGCAUGCCGGCCAGAUUCAGAAUGACAGACUAUACAAAGAGAACUAUCACAAAACAAAAUCCAAAAUCAAUAUACCUGCGGAUAUGGUAUCCGUCUUGGCUGCCAAGGAGGGACAGGCCCUUGUCAGUGAUAUUGAUUACCGUAAUUACCUGCACCAAUGGAUAUGUCAUCCUGACCAAAAUGAUGUUAUUCAGGCAAGGAAAGCCUAUGACCUACAGAGUGAUAACAUCUAUAAAGCAGACCUGGAGUGGCUCCGAGGCAUUGGCUGGAUUCCCCUGGAUUCUGUGGAGCACGUGAGGGUUACAAAGAACCAGGAAAUGGUGAAUCAGAUAAAAUAUAAGAAAGAUGCUCUUGACAACUAUCCUAACUUUACAAGUGUGGUAGAUCCUCCAGAGAUUGUUUUGGCCAAGAUUAACUCAAUCAACCAGAGUGAUGUGAAAUACAAAGAAACAUUUAACAAACACAGGGGAAAGUAUACGUUUUCUCCAGAUACACCAUAUAUCUCCCACUCCAAAGACAUGGGGAGACUCUACAGUACUAUACUGUAUAAGGGAGCAUGGGAGGGAACCAAGGCCUAUGGCUACACCCUGGACGAGCGCUAUAUUCCCAUCGUUGGAGCCAAGCACGCCGACUACGUAAACAGUGAGCUUAAAUAUAAAGAAACAUACGUGAAGCAGAGGGGCCACUACCUGGCUGGAAAAGAAAUCAGUGAGUUCCCUGGUGUGGUUCACUCUCUGGAUUUCCAAAAGAUAAGGAGUGUGUUGAACUACAGAAGAGAUUACGAGAACACCAAAGCAAAUGUUCAUAUCCCCAUUGAUAUGAUGAAUCACGUGCUGGCUAAACACUGCCAGUACAUCCUCAGCGACCUGGAGUACCGGCACCACUUUCACCAGUGGACGUCUCUUCCAGAAGAACCAAAGUUUUUAUGUGCACGAAAUGCCCAGGAGAUCUUGAGUGAUAAUGUGUAUAAAAAUGACUUGAAUUGGCUGAAAGGCAUUGGCUGCUAUGUUUGGGAUACACCCCAGAUCCUCCAAGCCAAGAAAUCUUAUGACCUCCAGAGUCAGCUACAAUACAUGGCAGCUGGUAAAGAAAAUCUACAAAACUAUAACCUAGUCACAGAUACUCCACUUUACGUGACUGCUCUUCAAAGUGGCAUUAAUGCCAGCGAGGUGAAAUAUAAAGAAAACUAUCAUCAGAUCAAGGACAAAUAUACAACAGUUCUAAAAACGGUGGAUUAUGACAGAACUAAGAAUCUGAAGAAUCUUUAUAGCAGUAAGCUGUACAAGGAGAUUUGGGACAAAGUGAAAGCCACGAGCUACAAACUGUCUUCCAGCGCCGUGUCCCUGACACAUGCCAGGAACCAGAAGCAUCUAGCCAGCAUCGUCAAAUAUCGGGAAGAAUAUGAAAAGUUCAAAGCUCUUUAUACGUUACCAAGAAGUGUGGAAGAUGAUCCGAACACAGCUCGGUGCCUCCGAGUUGGCAAGCUCAACAUCGAUCGUCUAUACAGAUCAGUUUAUGAAAAGAACAAGAUGAAAAUCCACAUUGUGCCUGAUAUGGUAGAGAUGGUCACUGCUAAGGAUUCCCAGAAGAAAGUCAGUGAGAUUGAUUACCGCCUGCACCUUCACGAGUGGAUCUGCCACCCUGACUUACAAGUCAACAGCCAUGUCAGGAAAGUCACAGAUCAGAUCAGCGACAUUGUGUACAAGGAUGACCUCAACUGGCUCAAAGGCAUUGGUUGCUACGUCUGGGACACUCCAGAAAUUCUCCAUGCCAAACAUGCUUAUGAUCUACGCAACGAUAUCAAAUAUAAAGCUCACGUGCAGAAAACGAAGAACAACUACAAGUUGGUCAUGGACACGCCACUCUACGUUCAGGCUGUCAAAAGUGGGAAACAGAUAAGUGAUGCUGUCUACCACCACGACUACGUGCACAGUGUCAGAGGCAAAGUGGCCCCGACGGUGAAAACCGUGGAUCUGGACCGGGCCCUUCAUGCCUACAAGCUCCAGAGUGAGAAUCUGUACCGAGGAGCUGGCCUGCGUUCCCUGCCCAUGGGAUACAGGCUUCCCGUUGAUACCCCUCACUUCAAGCACAACAAGAACACCCGAUACAUGAGCAGUUAUUUCAAAUACAAAGAAGUUUAUGAACACAUCAAGGCUAAUGGUUAUACACUUGGCCCCAAAGAUGUCCCGUUUGUCCACGUGCGGAGAGUCAACAAUGUUACCAGUGAGAGACUGUAUCGAGAAUUGUACCACAAACUGAAAGACAAGAUUCACACAACUCCGGACACACCAGAAAUCCGCCAAGUCAAAAAGACGCAAGAGGCUGUCAGUGAGUUGAUCUACAAAUCAGACUUCUUCAGGAUGCAAGGCCACAUGAUAUCCCUGCCUUACACACCCCAAGUGAUCCAUUGCCGCUACGUGGGAGACAUCACCAGUGACAUUAAAUACAAAGAGGACCUGCGGAUCCUGAAGGGGCUGGGCUGCUUCCUGUACGACACCCCUGACAUGGUUCGCUCUCGGCACCUGCGGAAGCUGUGGUCUCAUUACCUGUACACUGAUAAGGCGAGGAAGAUGCAAGACAAGUACCAGGUGGUACUCGACACUCCAGAACACAGAAAAGUGCAGGAGCUGAAGACACACCUGAGUGAGCUGGUGUACAGAGCUGCAGGCAGAAAGCAAAAGUCAAUCUUCACUUCAGUUCCUGUUACUCCUGAUCUUUUACGAGCCAAACGAGGACAGAAGCUUCAGAGUCAGUAUCUGUAUGUUGAACUUGCCACCAAAGAGAGACCCCAUCAUCACGCUGGAAACCAGACGAGAGCCUUGAAGCACGCUAAAGACGUGAAGGACAUGGUCAGUGAGACAAAGUACAAGAUUCAGUAUGAAAAGAUGAAGGACAAGUACACCCCAGUUCCAGAUACACCAAUCCUCAUCAGAGCCAAGAAGGCUUACUGGAAUGCCAGUGAUCUACGCUACAAAGAAACAUUUCAAAAGACCAAAGGGAAAUAUCACACUGUGAAGGAUGCUCUGGACAUUGUUUAUCACCGCAAGGUCACGGAUGACAUCAGCAAAGUGAAAUACAAGGAGAACUACAUGAGCCAGCUGGGAUUUUGGAGGUCCAUUCCUGAUCGCCCAGAGCAUUUCCACCAUCGGGCGGUCACUGAUGCAGUCAGUGAUGUGAAAUAUAAAGAAGAUUUGACCUGGCUUAAGGGCAUUGGUUGCUAUGCCUAUGAUACCCCUGACUUCACUCUGGCUGAAAAGAACAAGACUCUCUACAGUAAGUAUAAGUACAAAGAAGUAUUUGAAAGGACAAAAUCAGAUUUCAAGUAUGUCGCCGACUGUCCAAUCAAUAGGCAUUUCAAGUAUGCAACUCAGUUGAUGAAUGAGAAAAAAUACAGAGCUGAUUAUGAGCAGCGGAAAGAUAAAUACCAGCUGGUGGUCGAUGAGCCCAGACAUCUGUUGGCUAAGACCGCAGGCGACCAGAUCAGCCAGAAAAAAUAUAAAUCUAGUGCCAAGAUGCUUCUGCAACAAGGAUGUAACGAAAUUCUGCGUCCAGAUAUGUUGACUGCCCUCUACAAUACACACAUGUGGAGCCAGAUCAAAUACAGGAAUAAAUACGAAAAAACCAAGGACAAAUUUACCUCAAUUGUGGACACUCCAGAACAUCUGCGUACUACAAAAGUCAACAAACUAAUCAGUGAUAUACUGUAUAAGUUGGAAUACAACAAGGCCAAACCCAGAGGAUACACCACAAUCCACGACACGCCCAUGUUGCUGCACGUUCGUAAGGUUAAAGAUGAAGUCAGUGAUCUGAAAUACAAAGAAGUUUACCAAAGAACAAAGUCCAACUGUACCAUUGAGCAAGAUGCUGUUCAUAUUAAAGCAGCCAAGGAUGCCUACAAAGUCAAUACCAAUCUGGACUAUAAGAAGCAGUAUGAAGCUAACAAAGCCCGCUGGAGGUGGAUCUCUGACCGGCCAGACUUCCUCCAGGCAGCCAAGUCAUCCCUGCAGCAAAGCGAUUAUGAAUAUAAGCUGGACCGAGAGUUCCUCAGGGGUUGCAAGCUUUCUGUCACUGAUGAUAAAGAUAUGGUGCUGGCACUCAGGAAUUCUUUGAUAGAAAGUGACCUGAAAUACAAAGAGAAACAUGUGAAGGAAAGAGGAUCCUGCCAUGCUGUGCCUGACACACCUCAGAUCCUUCUGGCAAAGACUGUCAGCCAUCUGGUGUCCGAGAACAAGUACAAGGACUAUGUCAAGAAGCAUUUGGCCCAGGGCUCGUACACAACAUUGCCGGAGACCCGGGACACUGUUCACGUCAAGGAAGUGACCAAGAAUGUCAGUGAUACAAAUUACAAAAAGAAGUUCGUCAAGGAGAAGGGAAAAUCCAACUACUCCAUCAUGUUAGAGCCGCCAGAGGUGAAACAUGCUAUGGAUGUGGCCAAGAAGCAGAGUAAUGUAGCUUACAAAAAAGAUGCCAAAGAAAAUCUGCAUUAUACCAUUGUGGCGGAUCGGCCAGAUAUCAAGAAAGCCACGCAGGCUGCCAAGCAGGCCAGUGAAGUGGAGUACAGAGCUAAGCACCGAAAGGAGGGCAGCCAUGGGCUGAGCAUGCUUGGUCGCCCAGACAUUGAAAUGGCCAAGAAGGCAGCCAAGCUGAGCAGUCAGGUUAAAUAUCAAGAAAACUUCAACAAAGAAAAGGGCAAGACACCAAAAUUCAAUCCAAAGGACAGCCAGCUCUACAAAGUCAUGAAAGAUGCUAAUAAUCUCGCCAGUGAGGUUAAAUAUAAGGCUGACCUAAAGAAACUUCACAAACCUGUGACUGACAUGAAGGAAUCUCUGAUAAUGAAUCAUGUCCUGAAUACAAGCCAACUUGCCAGUUCGUACCAGUACAAGAAGAAGUAUGAGAAGAGUAAAGGCCACUACCACACAAUACCCGAUAAUCUGGAGCAGCUUCAUCUAAAAGAGGCUACAGAAUUACAGAGUAUAGUGAAAUACAAAGAAAAGUAUGAAAAGGAACGAGGAAAGCCCAUGUUGGACUUUGAAACUCCAACAUACAUCACUGCCAAAGAGUCUCAGCAAAUGCAGAGUGGGAAAGAAUAUAGGAAAGAGUAUGAAGAGUCCAUUAAAGGCAGAAACCUAACUGGCCUGGAGGUCACGCCAGCUUUAUUACAUGUCAAAUAUGCAACCAAAAUAGCAAGCGAGAAAGAGUACAGGAGAGAUCUUGAGGAAAGCAUCCGUGGGAAGGGUCUCAAUGAAAUGGAAGAUACGCCUGACAUGUUAAGAGCAAAGAACGCUACUCAAAUCCUCAAUGAGAAAGAAUAUAAGAGAGACCUGGAGCUGGAAGUGAAAGGAAGAGGCCUGAAUGCCAUGGCCAAUGAAACUCCCGACUUCAUGAGGGCCAGGAAUGCUACUGAUAUUGCCAGUCAGAUUAAAUAUAAGCAAUUAGCAGAAAUGGAAAAAUCCAACUUCACUCCUGUGGUUGAUACUCCAGAGAUUAUUCAUGCUCAACAAGUCAAGAACCUUUCAAGUCAGAAAAAGUACAAGGAAGAUGCAGAGAAGUCUAUGUCAUAUUAUGAGACAGUUUUGGAUACCCCAGAGAUACAGAGAGUUCGGGAGAACCAAAAGAACUUCAGCCUUCUCCAAUACCAGUGCGACCUUAAAAACAGCAAAGGAAAAAUUACAGUUGUUCAAGACACGCCAGAAAUAUUGCGUGUUAAAGAAAAUCAAAAGAAUUUUAGUUCGGUUUUAUAUAAAGAGGAUGUCACACCAGGAACAGCAAUUGGAAAGACACCUGAGAUGAUGAGAAUAAAGCAAACACAGGACCACAUUAGCUCGGUGAAAUAUAAGGAGGCAGUUGGACAAGGAACUCCAAUUCCUGACCUGCCUGAAGUGAAACGUGUCAAGGAGACACAGAAACACAUUAGCUCGGUUAUGUACAAAGAAAACUUGGGAACAGGCAUUCCAACCCCUGUCACUCCAGAAAUCGAGAGAGUCAGACGCAAUCAAGAGAACUUUAGCUCGGUUUUGUACAAAGAAAAUGUGGGGAAAGGAACCCCAACACCUAUAACUCCAGAGUUGGAGAGAGUCAAACGCAAUCAAGAGAACUUUAGCUCGGUUUUGUACAAAGAAAAUGUGGGGAAAGGAACCCCAACACCUAUGACUCCAGAGAUGGAGAGAGUCAAACGCAAUCAAGAGAACUUUAGCACGGUUUUGUACAAAGAAAAUGUGGGGAAAGGAACCCCAACACCUAUGACUCCAGAGAUGGAGAGAGUCAAACGCAAUCAAGAGAACUUUAGCUCGAUAUUGUACAAAGAGAACGUGAGCAAGGGGACCCCUUUACCUGUCACUCCUGAGAUGGAGCGAAUCAAACGCAAUCAAGAGAACUUUAGCUCGGUGUUGUAUAAAGAAAACCUUGGGAAAGGGAUCCCGAUUCCCAUCACUCCAGAGAUGGAGAGAGUCAGACACAAUCAAGAAAACUUUAGUUCGGUGCUAUACAAAGAAAACUUGGGGACAGGAAUUCCAAUCCCCAUCACACCUGAGAUGCAGAGAGUCAAACACAACCAAGAAAACCUUAGCUCGGUGUUAUACAAAGAAAACAUGGGCAAGGGAACCCCUUUACCUGUCACUCCAGAGAUGGAGAGAGUCAAACACAAUCAAGAAAAUAUUAGCUCGGUUUUGUAUAAAGAAAAUGUGGGGAAAGCUACCCCAACCCCUGUCACUCCAGAGAUGCAGAGAGUCAAACGCAAUCAAGAAAACAUUAGCUCGGUGUUAUACAAAGAGAACCUGGGGAAAGCAACCCCCACACCCUUUACUCCUGAGAUGGAAAGAGUCAAACGCAAUCAAGAAAAUUUUAGCUCGGUACUGUACAAAGAGAACAUGAGAAAAGCAACUUCAACACCUGUUACUCCUGAGAUGGAGAGAGCUAAGCGCAAUCAAGAAAACAUUAGCUCGGUUCUAUAUUCUGAUAGCUUUCGGAAACAAAUACAAGGCAAAGCUGCCUAUGUCAUGGAUACCCCAGAGAUGAGACGGGUGAGGGAAACCCAACGCCACAUCUCAACGGUGAAAUAUCAUGAAGACUUUGAGAAACAUAAGGGUUGCUUCACACCAGUGGUAACAGACCCUAUCACUGAACGAGUGAAAAAGAACACACAGGACUUCAGUGACAUAAGCUACCGAGGUAUCCAGAGAAAAGUGGUAGAAAUUGAACAAAAACGGAAUGACCAGGACCAGGAAACUAUUACAGGUUUACGUGUCUGGCGUACUAAUCCUGGCUCAGUUUUUGACUAUGAUCCGGCAGAAGACAACAUUCAAUCCCGAAGCUUACACAUGAUUAAUGUCCAAGCUCAGCGCCGUAGCCGGGAGCAGUCUCGAUCUGCCAGUGCUAUGAGCAUCAGUGGGGGUGAAGAGAAGUCUGAGCAUUCAGAAACUGCCGGCCAGCACCUCUCCAACUACAGCGAUGGGGGUGUCUUCUCCUCAACUUCAGCAGCUUACAAACAUGCCAAAACCACUGUACUCCCACAACAACGAUCAUCUUCAGUUGCUACCCAACAGACAACAGUAUCUUCUAUUCCAUCUCAUCCAUCUACUGCUGGAAAAAUCUUCCGUGCCAUCUAUGACUAUAUGGCUGCUGAUGCUGAUGAGGUGUCCUUCAAAGAUGGAGACGCUAUCGUAAAUGUUCAAGCUAUUGAUGAAGGUUGGAUGUAUGGCACUGUGCAGAGGACUGGCAGGACAGGCAUGCUCCCGGCUAACUAUGUUGAAGCUAUUUAAGUACUUCAAAGCAUCUAUCACGCCUCUGUAGGACCUACAAAUUCUGCAGUCAGUAUUACAGUUCUCAUGCUGCCUAAUGGUCUUUCUGUGUCAGUUAUGAUUUAUGAGAGUACCAUAUAGUUUCAACAUGAACCCUAAUAAUUUUUGAGUAAAACAAAUGUUAGUAUCACUAAUCUUUCCAGUUAUUAAACUAGAUUUACUUUCCUCAUUAUUUUUUUGGAAGUGCACGUAAAACAUAAAGGGAAAAUUAAGCCUAUAUGGUUAUUUUAGAAACUGCCAUUAUCAAAUUUACCUUUGGGUUUAAAAAAAGCUGAAUUUCAGAAUAGACAUUUUUAAAGCUCUGCAGUGUUAUAUUAGUGCUGUGUCAAUCCAGAGUCCUUCUCCAUCAUGGAAAUGUUUAAUAUCAUUUCUUUUCUAAAAUAAGGAUUCUGAACAUGCCAAACACAUUAAAGAAAAAUUGGCAGAUGGUCACCUUUUUUUUGCUUACUGAAUGCUAAUGCUUGUAUUUCUAAUCCAGUUCUGAAGCUGAUAUUCAAUGUA